AUGCCUCGGAAGAACUCUGGCAAGAAGAUGAAGCAGGCCGGCAAGGACCAGAGAUCCCCCCAACAGCAGGAGGAGAUUUCCGAGCGCCAGACCGUUCCUGCCUUCGAUGACCGGCCACUGGAGAAGGCCAAGGAAGCGCUACCACGCUCCCAGGCCACUUCGGAGCCUCCCGCCACCGCUGCGGCACCCCCUAAGCCUGCCUGCAACACCUCGGCACCUGCUGCCCCUGCUGCUGCUGCUGCUACCGCACUCGCCGCUCCUCGCGAAGCCGCGAAGCCUUACCUGCGCUCGCGCUCGGGCACUCGAGUGGGACCCACGACCUACGGGCUCGACAGUAACGGUCCGUUACGACAAGCUGUAGAGCAGCAGGAAAAACAGGAAAAAGAGGAGUACCAGAUCUUCGAAGCCUGGUUGGCUCGUAAGCGUGCCACACAACGUGCUGCAAUCCACGCGGCACAUGCAAGCACGAGCUCGGCACAAGCACCGACUGCGAGCCCCAACCAAUUGGAGCAGCAGGCGGUGACAACGAUCGGAGAUUGGCUGCUAAACAAGGCCAAGGACGCAGCACCAGUUGCCGCGGACCUUCCCGAACCAGCAGCCGCUACCACGCCAGCCGACUCAGACGCGCCGUCUAGUUCACAUGCCGAGACGUCAGUUGACGAAGCCAUGGACACCACGGCGACCUCGCGUAAGCGAGGACGCGAGGAAGACGCAGCGGAGGGCCCGCGGAAGCAAGCGAGCCCACACGCUGCAGCGGCAAUCACAACAACAGCUGCUGCGGCACCUGCUCCCUCCCCCCCAACGCGGGACGACGCGACGAGCUCGACAGCAACUCCCGCAGUCCUCCUCGCGCAGGCGGCCCCCGCCGACAAUGUGGCAGCGCCCCCUGCGGCUCCCGCAGGAACGAGGAAGGUAAACAAGCGGAAGGCACGUCCCAAGCGACGGCGGCGGCCGCGCGAGCUCGUGUAUUCUGCUGCUGAGCCCCGGACAGCUCCGAGGCAACUCAACACCAUGGUCGCCGUGCCGCGCCCGUGCCCAAGCCCCCCGCCAGCCGCGGACGACUUCGUCACCGUCGUCUCCAAGGCAGCGCAGCGGAGAGCAAGGGCACUCGAGGCCGCGGCUGUUACGAUCGAUCCUGCCGUGGUAGGGACAGCCCUGUUCCGUCCCUCAGCCCCUGGCGGUUCUUUCAGCGGAUCGCCGCGUCUGACACUCGCGGCGGCACUCGCUAAGCGGCCCGGUGUGACGGCGGUGCGUGUCAACCACCGUCUAAACAUCGUGGCCGCGGACGCGUCGACACCGUCGUGUUUGUCCGAGCUCCUCGCCAUCAGGGAGCUCGGCGGCGUCCCUGUCACUGCCAGGGAGCCCGCGGAUCGUCGCUCCAGCACCGGCUUCGUCUACGGCGUGGACGGUGACCUGACGAACGCGGAGCUACUCGCGGGCAUCACAUCGGCGGUUCCCGUGCUCUCGGCAACGAGGGAGGGUGCCUCGGUGAAGCUACGAUUCGCCGAACCGCUCCCACCUGAACGAGUCGUGCUGCUCGGCCUGCGGUUGCGGGUGCGACAUGUGAGGCCGCGACCACGCCAGUGCCAGCAGUGCGGUCGCUUCGGCCACGUUGCCGAGGCAUGUCAGCGCAAGGGAGCGUGCAUCCGCUGCGGCCGCCAACACCUGGAGACGGAGAGCUGCAACCCCCGCUGCGUCAACUGCGGCGGGGCCCAUGCAGCUGACACCCCCACCUGUCCUCGCUGGCAGGAGGAAAGGAGAGUGGCCACGCUCAUGGCCGCCACUCCAACGCCGCUCUCGAGAAGGGCGGUCAAGGCCGCAGUACGCGAGGAGUCCCGUGAGGUGCGCUCCUACGCUGCUGCGGUCAAGAACAAACUUCUCGAGGGCAACACCACGGAUCCCGGCCUGCAGCGCCCAUCUCCUGCGCCGCGCCGAUCUCUCCUGUCAACGGCGAGCUCCCCCAAGUCGAGCCUGCCUGCUGCCCCACCCGCCGCGCCUGCCGAGGACCCGCGGGACACUCUCAUCACAAACCUGCUGGCCACACUGCAGGCUGUGAUGCAAUUCCUUCCUGAGGAACACCCGCUGCGAGCCACCUGCCUCCAGGCGCUCGGCGCACAGCCGGGUGCCCCCAGGAGCGAGUAG